AGGGGUGGCGGUAUGGUUCUUUGGUCAUGUAAUCUGUUAGACAGAGCCAUGAUCAAGUGAUGUUCUGAUUUAUUACAAGGGUCAGGUCUUUCAUGUUGCCUAUGUUUUCAUCAAGAUGGCCAACUCUCCUCGGCCGGGUGUUUGGGUCCUGGAACGUUCCACCGACUAUGGACAGACUUGGAAACCAUGGCAGUACUUUGCAGACACAGAAAGCGAUUGUUACAACAUUUUCAAUAAACGAGCCUCUUCCCAGCCUGUAUAUGAUGAUGAUGCCAUUUGCACUGUGGAAUACUCAAAGAUAGUACCCCUUGAAGGAGGAGAGAUUGUUGUAUCCUUGGUCAAUAAUCGUCCCAGUUCCAUGAAUUUCCACGCCAGUGACAAACUCCAAGAGUGGACAGAGGCUACCAAUAUCCGUCUCCGUCUCAUGAGGACAAAAACUCUGCUUGGCCACUUGAUGGCUGUUCAGAGGCAAGACCCAACAGUGACCAGAAGGUACUUCUACAGUAUCAAGGACAUAUCUAUUGGUGGGCGCUGUGUGUGCAAUGGCCAUGCUGACGUCUGUGACAAGACAGAUCCAAAUGAUCUGUACAAGCUUCUCUGCCGCUGCCAGCACAAUACGUGUGGUGCUCAGUGUGAGAUGUGCUGCCCUGGCUUUGUGCAGAAGAAAUGGCAGAGGGCUGACAACUAUAACACCUUUGAGUGUGAAC